AUGAGUAAGGCUCCCGAGAUAGUUUCUGAGGUUGCUGAUUUCAAUAGAAGUGGUCUUAACCACGUCGAACCAGAAGUUAAAAAUCCUUUGCCUACACCUGAUGAUGUUGCAAAGGAGAAAAUUGAGGCUGAUCUCAUGAAGGAGAUCGAACAAGGUACUAAGCUGAAACAUACGACAACCACCGAAAAAGUGUACAUUCCUUCGGCAGAAGAAAUUAAGGAGGAAAAAAUUGAAGCUCAAAAGAAUCCCCAUGCUAGAUCGUAA